AUGAAGUGCAAGAGGUCCAAGGGCACCUUCCUCGAGCGCGCAAUCAUCAGAGCGUCCCGGAUGAAGUCGAACGGCCGAUCAUCUUCUUGUGAUAAACGGUUGCUCCAGCCACGUUUCGGAGCAUGCUAUAGUCUUGGCGUCGUCGCUCGGGGUUCUGCUUUUUCUGUUGCCAGCCAACGCCACGCAACUUGUCCAUCCGCUGGACACCGAUGUGUUCUCGCCGUUCAAGUGCGCCGUGCGUCGCAGCAUCAACAUGUACCUUACCAGGAACGGUAUUUCAGUCCAAAAGAGCAUGGUAUCUUCAGCACCAUGUCAUUUUCAAAGACGACGCGACAACGAUCGGACGCGCAGUGGUGCUCGAUAUUGUAUCUCAAGCGCGGUCGUCUCGUCUUUGUGGCAGAGAACUUUUCUGCCGUACAAGGUGCCGGAAUGGAUUCGCGAACGGCAACACAUCCGCGACAACGUGCUGACGGUCCCAAACGAUCCCCCGAAGCGCGUGCGCAUUGCCGGGGAGCUUCUCGAGGUCUAAUAGAUCUGUGA